CCUUCCAUGGCGACCGCCCGCAGACGCCUUGCUUGCGCAGAUUGCACCCGACGAAAAAUCAAAUGUGAUAAGGAGAUUCCGUGUAGCAAUUGCAUCAAAAGUUACGUAUUUACACCGCCUCUAGAAGUGCACCAUGGAGAGUCAGCCGUCGUUGAGACACUGUCGAAACGAAUUGCUGAGCUAGAAGCGCGACUGAACUCCACGGGAGCAAUGCGCCCUUCCAUGCCUGCCAUGCCUGCUCCAGGCUCUCGCUAUGUGCCGCCUCUAGCUUCGUCGUCUUCGGGCUUAGCCCACACGGACACACGUCCAAGGCAAGGCUCCGAGAUCGAAGACGCAGCGUCCAUCUUAGAGUUCCUUGCAUGGGGCCGGAUGAAGAAUCCUGACCACCACGAAGCAAUUCAACCUAAGAGCCCAGCGGCAGGGGCCCCUGGAGCAGGUGGAGCAGAGAAUGCCAUGUCAGAGUUGCAAGUUUUGCAAUUGCACCUACCGGAUCGGCGCCAGGUGUGUCAAUUAGUAGACUGGCACCUCGAAAGCCUACUUUGGUACCACGGCUCUUUCCAUGCUCCUACCUUUCGGAGCCAGCUACAGGAAUUUUACGAUACCCACAACGGCUCUAUUUUGAGCUCGGGUAUAUCCCUUCAAUGGGCUGCCUUGCUAUUCUCUGUCUUGGCUGGCUCUUUAACUUGCGCUAAUCGACAAAUUGCUCAAACAUGGGGGUUCAUGGACACCGAGCAAGACACGCUUUCACAUCGCUGGUACCAAGGAACGAUCACUUGCUUAUACCGCGGCGAGUACAUGGCGCAUUACUCCUUGGAUUCGGUGGAAGCGAUCGCAACUUUGACGAUCUCCGCUCAUAUGAUUGGGUACUCCAAUCAACAGUCUAUCCUUUUAGCUUCCGCCAUCAAGAUAUCGCAGAGCCUGGGACUGCACCGUUUAGGCCCUGAGCCAGCCCAUGCUAGCAAAAGAGACUUCCGCGGACGGCGGGUUUGGGCACAGCUAUGCACGCAAGACUGGUUCUCGAUUCCAUUUUCCGAAAGCUACCUGAUUCAGCCCUUACACUCUAAUACCGAGAAGCCAGGCAAUCGAAAUGACGAUAGUGCCGCGAUUAUUCCAGAUUCUCAACCGACCAUUCUCAGCUAUCCAAGAUACUUACUGGAAGUCGCAUACGUCAUGCCGCAACUUCAAGACGCCGUUGGGGCUUCCAACACACUCUACACUAAAUAUGAGCAAGUAUUGAGAUAUGACAAGCAAAUGCGUGCUUUGGCUACUGCUCACCGACCCCAAUUUCUCUCCAACGUGCAGAUUGAUCCUGCUUGGCCUCACUAUGUGCCGUGGGCCCGAAGAGCCCUUGCGAUUAGUUACUCUCACAAAAUAUGUAUGAUUCAUAGAGCGUUUCUGGGACUAAGCUUCACGAACCCGGCCUUUUCGAUUACUCGGCGGACGUGUAUUGCCGCCGCAAAAACAAUCCUAAAGGAACAUACACAAGCCGUUGAAGAGGACGGGCCAGUAUUAUGGAUUUAUCCCGCAUUCAGCGUCGCUGCCUGCAUCAUACUUUGCCUGGACGUCUUCCACCGAACGCCUGAGGAGCCAGAAACCUCCGAGCAUAAACUCCUAGUCGAAGAAAGCAUAGAGAUGCUAAAGCAGUAUAACCAAAGCGCCAUCGCAGCUCGUGGCGUCAAGCUCCUAUCAGAGCUGCUCGAAGCCAUUGACCGCAGCCGUGCAAACUCCCAAAAGCGUAGAGCGGGCUCACCGAGCCAUGACGAGUCUAACGGAAGCGCGGAAAAGCGACGGCGAUUUCUAGACAUGCCCAAGUUUGUGAAGUCGUUUUGGGGUCGCGAUUCUCAGCCCUCAGCAAGCGGCAACGAAGAAUUGCAAUUGGUCGACUCCGGAGACGAUGCAGUUAUCGAUCCGCUACUACGAGAUGCACCUCCCGGGGACAACGAUGAGCUGCGACUGGACUUUCCUAGCGAGGAUUUGUACGGCACCUUUCCACUAUCCCAGGCGCCCUUUGAUGGCGCAAGCACAUUCGAACAACUUUUAUUCCUCGCAGGUGGCUUUGGCGAUUGAAACGUCGGUGCCCAAGUCAUUGCUUGACACCGUUUAGCGUGCUUCGAAAAGUUCCCAACCUCUAAAAACGUGUGACUCUCAUCGAAUCGAAGACAGG